UGGACUCAGAUCCUGCUGAGGGAAGAGAGACAACUCUUCAUCGGCGUGUAUAACGCGCUUUGCAUCUUUCACGGAAACGUGUCAACGGACGUUUUUUCAUCCUACAGAUAUUUUGUGCUUUGCCGUGAUACUGACCCCCAAGCGCACACAAGACGCUGCUGACUUUCUCUAAGGUGUCACCAGGUAAUGAGCUUACUGCUGAUUUCUAGCUCAAGCAUGAAGGACCGUGACUCUCUGACCCUCCUGCACUACACAAACUCUGGCAAAACUGGUCCACAGUACCCACCUCCCAAUCUCCACUCUUCCUCUCCUGGCAUUACCAAGUCCCAGCCCUUCUGCCUGCAGUCCAGCCAGCACCUCAUAGCCUCCAUGCAGCUGCAGAAACUCAACAGUCACUAUCAGAGCCUGGCUGCCUCUUCUACGGUUUCUUCUGGACCUAACAGAGGAUUUGGCAAUGCUUCAAUGAGUCCGACACAAAUCUCUGGCCCUGGGAUGGCUCAAGGGUCUGGGAUCAUAGAUUCUGAUCCAGUGGAUGAGGAUGUCCUGAUGUCUCUGGUAGUGGAGCUUGGUUUGGACAGGGCUAAUGAACUUCCAGAGCUGUGGCUGGGCCAGAAUGAGUUUGACUUCAUAUCAGAUGUCCCUGCUGGGUGCUGACCCCUAAAAGAAAUUCGCCAAUCACUUUUUUUGGCUGCUUCCUUUUUUGCACCUGAGACACUGUUGGAUGGCUCAUGAAAAUGUGAGCCUGUUUUUGAAGGCUCAUUUCAUGUGUAAAGACAAAUUCAAGCUGCAGAGGUAUAGAGAACUCUCACAAUCAAAGGACUACUUGGACCACUCCAGCAGAGGCUCUCUCAAAACUAAAACUUGGUUACUUUUGUUAUUCACAUUGCGAUAUUGCUUGUUAUAAUCCUUUCCACUUUUUCAAGCUCUGGUUUCAAAGUUUCCAUUCAUGGAGUAAAGUCAUAAGCUUCACACAUGGACUAGACCUGCAACACAACUAAAUGUUUUUUUGUCCCCCCAACGUCUACUACAGAAGUAGGCCUUUUUUUUUUUUUUUUUUUUUAAUUGAGUGGUCAUCUUCACCAACUGAAGUCUAAACUAAAACAAAAUGUGUGAAUCCACAUUACAUUUCUCGUGAAAGAUUAGAUAUUAAUGCAGUCUAAUGGAUUGGCUUCAUCUAUUGGCACCUGCCAUCUGUGGGUUCUGUCCAUACGAGCAGCCGGGUGGUGUUUCUGUUCUGUAAUGGAAGGUGAUCCUGAAACCAGCAUGGGCUACUCUUUUCCAAAAUGCAUGUCAUCACAAGACUCCUUUCCAUUGGGGUAACCUGAUCUAUGCGACAGUUUUCCAUGGGUAAAUAUAUUAAUGAUGGACGUGUCCAUUUACUCCACUCGUAGCCUCACUUUAGGUCUAGAAGGAUUGUGAGCAUAACUAGAAACUCAACAGAUUAUUUCAAGCAAACUAAAUAGUUUAGAUUAUGAACCCUAUUAUAAGAGCACUAUAUUUGUAUGUGUUUAAUCAAAUGUCUUUUUGUUUUUGUAUAAGAAUAGAAAAAUUAUCUAAAAGACUCUACUGUCGUGAUGUUUAGCGUUGACUAAUGCAGACCUGUGUUUAUAAAAUAAUGGAGUAAUCUCUUUAUUUUGGCUUAUCAGUCCUGAGUGAAUCAUAAGUGGUGAUUGUUUUGGUUUUUUUUUGUUAGCACUUUCCUUCCAUCUUGUGUAAUUUUUCUACAAAAGAUGUGAUCACUGUUCUAUUUAAAGUGUAUUCUAUUUUGUUUUUCAAAAUAUACAUAAAUAAAAAGUACAGAACUAAAA